AGCAGUUGACCUUCAUUGCUGUAACUAUGAUGUGGCGCGACCUCUACGAUCCAGAAAGAGAGCUGGGAAGAGGGCAGUUUGGUGUUGUCAUCCAGUGCAUUGACAAGUCGACCAGACAACGCGUGGCUAUCAAGAUAAUUUCAAAAGAGAAUGCGUGCAAAGAACGCGACUCGACUAUCAGAGAGCUGGAAGCUCUGCAACGAGCACGAGGUCACAGUCGUCUGGUACAGUUGAUCGAUGUCUUCCAUACGUCGACAGAAACAGCUUUUGUGCUAGAGAACAUCCAGGGAGGUGAAUUGUUUGACUAUCUGGCAAACAAGGACAUGUUUACUGAAGAAGAAGCAAUCGUAUUUACCAGACAACUACUCGACGGCCUUGCAUACUUACAUGCCAAAACGGUAGUCCAUUUGGACUUGAAGCCCGAGAACAUCCUUCUUGUCAAUGAAGGGAGUGUAGCAUCAAUCAAGAUCGUUGAUUUUGGGCUUGCCAGAAUACUGAAGGAUGAUGAAGUACAGUUAGUGAAGGAAGGAACACCAGAGUUUGUCGGGCCGGAGAUAGUGUUGCGUGAGCCAGUGUCAACAGCAACAGAUAUGUGGGCUGUGGGAGUGCUCACCUACAUUCUACUGAGUGGAAUGUCACCAUUUCUUGGUGAGACGGAUUACGAGACACUUCGCAACAUCAUAACUCUAUGCUACGACAUCGAUGAGGACUUUGCCGAGUCAGAGGCAUCACACGAGGCAAAGGACUUUGUGCAAGGUUUGCUCUUCAAAGAUCCCGGAAAACGAAUGUCUGCCUUUGAAUGCGCAAGUCACCCAUGGCUAAUGCCUCAUCAUAUGGAUCGACGUCGAAGUAGCGUCAUCCUGACAAAGAGACUGCGAUUACUCAAUGCAAGAAGGAAGUGGCUUCGUUUUGUGCAAGUUGUUCAAGCGUCCUCGUUCCUAAGAGGUCUGUCGCCUAGGAAACAGUUAAAGUCCAGUUUGAGCACUACCGAUUUGCCCAUUUUUAAAACCGAGGAAUUACAUCGGUCUGGUAGUUGCUCAUUCAGUGAGGAUGAAGACGAUGAUGCUAUAACCUCGAUACCAGUGCCUAGUACUACAGAUACCAACUUGGCUAGUGCUGGAAGGAGGAGGCACGGUCAUAAACAUGCUACAACAUCAGUUUCAUCACUUCUCUUCUCCCGAAGAGACUCAAGAAAUAUACAGAAAAACAUGGCAAAGGUCCAUAGAAGUCUGUACCAUAACGUGUCUAAUGAGAGUGGAGUUGGUACAGCUGCCACCGAUGAUCCUAUGCCUCACAAAUGCAAGUGUCAAACGAGACGCUCUUCUAUUGGAUGAUAUGAAAAACAUAUUUUUGUAUGAAGAUAACAGAUUUUCAAGAAAGUUGUGUGCAACAAACGACUAACUGGUUGUAAAGUUUCUUAGUUAGUUUGAUAUCAAGAUGUACAAUUGUCGUUGGGUAUAACCUGGAAGUCAUGAUAGCUUGGCAAAGAAACACUGGUCGUUAUUUGAAAAAUACUAUGUCAAGACUGUGAUACAAUAUCUGCUAUGUUACUAAUCAGAGAAAAACAAUUUUGUCAAUAAAAUAGUGUAGCAACUGUGUUUUGAUAUAUCCACGUGUGUAUACAUACUGUCCACGUCUGUAUGCUGUCCACGUUUGUAUACUGUCUGCAUGACUUU